CGAGGAGGCGCAGAUGACCAUCAGAGACCUCGAGCAGCGCUGGACCGACCUUGGCCUCGCCAAAUUUGCCGAGACCGACAGCAACAAGCAGUAGAAUUAAUUUUAAACCACACAAAACACCCAGCACUUCUUUAAUUUUUUGAUGCAAUGGCCGAGUUGCCCAACUUGGGCCGUCACUGUGGCUGGUCUUUGUGCCAGCAGCUGGACUUCCUGCCGCUCGAGUGCCGCCACUGCCAAUUGACCUUCUGCAAGGAGCACCUGCCCUUCGCCAGUCACGCCUGUGCCAAGAAACCAGACCGAGUCCUUUCAGCAGACGAAUGUCGCUUGGCCGAGGGUUUCGAGUGCACCUUCGAAGGCUGUCAGCGCCGGGAGCUGGUGGCCGUCACGUGUGGACAGUGUCAGCGCCAAGUGUGUCUUGACCACCGUCUGCCGACGCAGCACAACUGCCCCUCGGUGGAAAUCCAAGCCGAGAUCAACCUGGAAAUUUCUAAGAAGGAAGAGGCCCUGAGCAAGGAAAUAAGCAUUGCUAAAAAAGAGGUUGAAGAACAAUUGGCAAAACAGCUGAAAGCGGCCAAGAACCGAGCAAGGGCAGCCAAAGUGCAGCUGAUGAAACUGAAAAGCAAAGCCUCGCUGGCCAAACGAGGCCUCAACAUUGCUCAGUCCGAGAGGCUGCACUUCUUGGUCAAAACGCCUGUGGGAGGAGAGGAGGUGCUUGUCGUUUCGAAGGAGUGGAGUCUUGGCCGAGUGUUGGACUUCACAGCUGAGCAGUGCUGCACAAAGAACACCAACAACGUUCCAAACACUCCGAAACUGCGUUUGGUCCAAGAGGAUGGCACUUUGAUUGACGAGAAUAGACUUGACUCCACGACUGCAACCUUGGUCGAGAAGGGGGAAUUGUGUGAUGGACAGACAGUUGUGUUAAGAUACUUUGAUUAAAGGUAUUUGAAUUCGCUAUAAAUCUUCAUGAAAUGGAUUGCAAAAAUAAUUAUUAAAUUGAUUUGGAAUUUAUAAAGUAUUUAUUGAAAGUU